AUGGCGAACGGAAAUCCCCAGGCUAUAGGGAUUAUGACUCAAAGUGGGCUUUACUGGUCGCGAGCUCCGAAAGAUGUGCAUAGCUUCUUACUUGGAUUUCGUUCAAGCCGCCAUACCACACCUCCUGCGAGCUUUGGCACUUCGGAUAUCGACGAUGAAUCUAAACAGCCAAGCAACAGAACGCUACUUGAGGGUGUUUAUGAGAAUCUGCGAAGUAUGGACUGCGGCGAUGGGUUUCUACCCAUACUACUUGCGCCUUUCAUGGGUGUUUUGCCCACCAAAGAUCUCCUCACCAUUUCUUGCAUCUGGAGCACAAGAGUGGCUAAGGUUCUAGGAAAAUCUGCGGCUACAAGGCUUGUGCACACGGUGCUCGACUCGGAUUCCCCUUAUGGAGACAAUACCGAGCUCACAGAAGAGGCACGCGUCUACAUUGAGACUUUAAUGAAUGUUGCUGAAGUAGCCGAACCUGUUGAAGACCUGGCUUUGUCCAGCGCCAGCGUUCUGUUACAUAAAGACGUCGAGUUUUCGGAACCAUCGUCACCCGCUGGCAAUUUCCUGACCACCAUGUGUGACCGCGUUAAAGAUAGACUUGUUGAUGGCCGAAUGCUUGAAGAGUUCACUGAAGUGCCGGAAUCAUUGAUCCCAACAGGCCGAGGGAUCAUGCAUUUGAAUCCACUGGUUCCUUUGCCUCUCAGGCAACAUCCUGCCUAUAAAACUAACUCCUUUUCUCUUCAAUCGACAGCUAAUGAGGCAUUUGUACUAUACUACUGCUAUAGAGGGAAGAAAUGGCCUUGGGACUGUUGGGAAGAUGAUCGCGAAUGGGGAGUAGUUGACCUGGAGAUCGAGCUUGAAUUCGACAAUUUUGCAUCUGCCUACAUGACAGGUCUUCUGCACAUCGACCUCGACAUAGCCCAUCUAAAGGUACCGAUGCGAAUAGCCGCUGUGCUCGAGCAUGGUACCGGCGAUAAGUUCUACUGCAGAAAGACUAUACUUGCCCAAGUAUGGAUUAUCGCUUUGGCCAGGACCCUUACAGAGCUGAAGAAGCUUCAAGAUGAGGAUCGAAGCCGUCGGACCGAGGUAUAUAUGUUUUUGUGGACUGCUAUGUAUUUCAGCUCUGAACUAGGUCGAUUCCAUGAUCUCGACCGUGAGGCGGACGAGGUGGCCAAGUACAAAGGCCUCAUCGCUCAGUUCGCCGUGUUGGCCAGCAGGAUGGUCCUGGACGAGAUUGAAGUAAAGGCAAAGAAGCAUAAGCUAUCAGGGAGAAAGGAACUUGAACGUCUGGCUGGAUUGGCGGCGGAUCCAGAUCAAGAUAUCCUGUACUCGAUCAGAGGUCAAGUCAGGCGCGUUUUUGUAUGGAUCUCAAACCCUUUUGAAAGACACUAUUUUCUGGGACCAGCAAUAACUCCAUCUGUAUCAGUUAAUGUUGACCUGGCUGCUGUGUUGUCAUUCUCUGUUAAAGUUCGUCGACAUAUAAGCCUGGUUAAGGGUACUGAAGAGGCAGCUAAGAGAGAGGAUUAG